AUCUCAACUAAAUGUGUUCAUUAAAAUGGACAAAAUAUAAAUAAUAUGAUAUAAUUGAUUUAUCCAGGAAAUAAAAAGUCACCAAAGUGGAACCCCCAAAACGCAAGCACCAAUGGAAGAAAGAGAAGGGCGGGCUAAGCUGCCGUCUUUGAUUGGAUGCGCAUCUUCACGGAAUCAUCUCAGCAGAGAGUCAAUAGAGUUGAGAGUCAUGGGUCACCAUCAACGAAACUGCGGGGAGGGGGCACCAACUUCCUCUAAGUUUUCUUGCAAUCCCGUCCAAAACAAAAACCACCACUGCUGUUGACCAUUGGAGGUCAGGUCAAGAAGUUUCAGUCUCCUAUUCAGCUGCUGCUGCAGCCUGCAGAACGAGAUAAAAGGGAAAAGGGGGGAAGCCACUUGAACGUAAUUUGUGAAAAUCUCACCCAAGUAUGGCGUUGAAAGUUCUUUCAGCUCUCGACAGCGCGAAAACUCAGGUCUACCAUUUCAAGGCAAUCAUCAUCGCCGGCAUGGGGCUAUUCACCGACGCCUACGACCUCUUCUGCAUCCCUCCCAUCAUGAUUCUCAUCGGACGGGUUUACUACGACGAUAAAGAGGUCGAUAAGUAUCGGGUCCCACCCGGCGUGGUCUCGACCUUGGUGGCCAUCGCUCUGCUGGGAACUGCGAUCGGUCAAGUGGUCUUCGGCAGGCUCGGAGACCAAAUCGGUAGGCGGCGCGUGUACGGAACCGCAUUGCUAAUUAUGGUGGUGAGCUCCCUCGCGUGCGGGUUCUCGAUAUGCAGGAAGAGGGGUUGCGUUCUGGCGAGCCUGGGGCUGUUCAGGUUCGCACUGGGUCUGGGAAUCGGUGGGGACUACCCGUUAUCGGCAGUCAUCAUGUCUGAGUUCGCGAACAAGACGACACGUGGAGCGUUCAUAGCGGCUGUCUUCUCGAUGCAGGGAUUUGGAAUUUUGGCCGCUUCAACGGUCACGAUGGUGGUGUGCGCAAUCUUUGACCGUGCAUCGAAAGUAUCCCCAACUGCUGCAACGCCUGAUGAGGCUGAUAUCGCAUGGAGGCUGAUACUGAUGCUGGGUGCGAUUCCCGCUGCCUUAACAUUUUAUUGGCGAAUGAUGAUGCCCGAAACUGCCAGAUAUACAGCUUUGGUGGCUCAAAAUGUUCCCCAAGCGGCUAUAGAUGUGCAGAAAGUGUUGGAAGUUCCAAUGAGUGAGAUUACCGAGGAGAACCCAGUGCCUCUAAAUCCACUAACCUAUCCCCUAUUCUCCAAGCAAUUCUUUUAUCGCCAUGGCCGUGAUUUAUUAGCUUGCUCCUGCACAUGGUUUCUUCUCGACAUUGUCUUCUACAGCAGCAACCUCUUCCAGUCCCAGAUAUACGAACACUAUCUCCCGAAAAGAGAAGAGGUGAAUGCCUAUAAAGAUGCUUUUGAAGUUGCAAAAAUCCAAGCAAUUGUUGCAGCCUGUUCUACCAUUCCAGGCUACUGGUUUACUGUCUAUUUUAUUGAUGUCGUUGGAAGAGUCAGAAUCCAAGCAAUGGGUUUUCUCUGCAUGGCACUGGUUUAUCUAGCAAUUGGGAUACCCUACGAAAUUCAUUGGGAGCAUAAUACAAAUGCAGGGUUCAUGGUCCUCUAUGGCCUCACCUUUUUCUUUGCAAAUUUCGGACCAAACACAACCACCUUCAUAGUGCCCGCGGAGCUUUUUCCAGCAAAAUUUAGAACAACAUGCCAUGGGAUUUCUGGUGCUGCAGGGAAGGUGGGGGCAAUCAUUGGUUCUGUUGGAUUUUUGUGGGCUUCACAUAAAGGUAAAGAAUGGGAGGGCUAUCCCGAUGCAAUUGGAAUGACUGCAUCAUUGAUAUUGCUUGCCGGAGUUUGUCUUGCGGGAAUGGUGGUGACAUUGCUUUUCACGCGUGAGACCAUGGGGAGAUCAUUGGAGGAGAAUGAGAAUGAUCAAGAUGGACCUAGGGAGCUGCGUUUGGGUAGUAGAUAUUCGUCCAUGACUGAAGCUGGUGCUGCAUAGUGGGAUUCAGAUCUCUUACGGUAAUUAUCCGAACUCUAAGCCUAAAGGCCUAAAGUGAAAUAGAUCAGAUAAAUACUUGAUGUGAGCCAUACGGUUACAAUGAAAAAGGAAGAGAGAUUCAUAUUCACAUAUAUGAGAUUUAUAGAGGAAUAACAAUAAUGUUGUAAGGUUCACGUCCGUCUCGUGUUUAUCUCUCUUCCACUAUAGGCCUUAAGAGUCUAGAAACUCCAAAUCUUUUCUGGAGAGCAAUCUCCUCCCUAACCAUGCAUAUUUAGGACUCUUAUCUUUUGCAUUGGAAGAGUGAAUUAUGUGAUUAGGAUAUCAUGGAACUUGAAAAUCUCUUCGAAAUGAAAUUUCCUGUAGUUUGUAUACCAUUAAUUUGGCGUUUGUUACUUGCCGAAGAAGAUAUACCUUUGUAGAAACAAUAGUCAUUCAGUUCUGCUCCAAUUCACUCUAGCAUGUAAUUUUUGGUACAUUUAUUUAAAAACAGUUGUGUUCCAA